AGGAGCGCAACGCAGCGCCAAGUUUGGAGCUGAGCCGCAMAGCCAGGAGGAGCUGAAGUUUUAUUGUUGUUAUUUUUAUUUACUUUAAAAAAAAAACUCGUCUCAGGAGAGAUUCGUCAUCUAUGCAGGAGAAAGCUUCAGAUCAGCUCCUCGCUCCGCUCAGCUUCAUGACAAGAAGCGUCCAGUCCUAAAGGCGAUGGAGAGCAAGGGAUUACUCCGCUGUAAAAUCGUGGUUGUCGGGGACUCUCAGUGCGGAAAGACGGCUCUCCUGCAUGUUUUUGCCAAAGACUCGUACCCAGAGAAUUACGUUCCCACGGUGUUUGAGAAUUACACGGCCAGCUUCGAGAUCGACAAGCAGAGGAUCGAGCUGAACAUGUGGGACACGUCAGGUUCAGCCUACUAUGACAACGUGCGACCGUUAGCGUACCCCGACUCCGACGCUGUGCUCAUCUGCUUCGACAUCAGCCGCCCGGAAACGCUGGACAGUGUGGUGAAAAAGUGGCAAGGUGAAAGACAGGAGUUCUGCCCGAAUGCCAAAGUGGUGCUGGUUGGCUGCAAGCUGGACAUGAGGACGGACCUCAAUGUCAUGAGAGAACUCUCCAAACACAGACUCAUUCCUGUCACCCAUGAACAGGGCACUAACUUGGCGAGACAGAUCGGUGCGGUGGCCUACGCAGAGUGCACCUCCAAGUACUCGGAGAACAGCGUCCGGGACGUGUUCCACAUCACCACCCUGGCGUCCGUGUCCAACAUCCACCGGCCUCAGCUCAAACGCGUCGGCACGCGUCGCGGCCACAAGCGGAGCUCGCAGCAGCCUCCUCGGACUGAGAUUCACGAGCACCCACCUGCCGUCAGAAAGGACCGAGCCAAAAGCUGUGUGCUCAUGUAGGACCGGAACCUACCCCAAAAACCUGAUCUCUGUGUGUGUGUGUGUGCGUGUUGAUGGACAUGAACCUAAUUUAUUGGUGAAUUCUUGUAAGACCGUUGCACUGCAGAAUGAACAGUAUGACAAAAACAAGAACGAGCGCUGUCCUAUGGAGCUCAUUGAAGGAUUGUUGGUCCGUUUUUUUCCUCACAGCUCUGCUUGUAAUUUUUUUUUCUUUGUGGCUGUUGUUAUCAUCAGGGGAUACUACUGUAGUGACUGACGCUACCUUUCGUUUUGAAAGCUUUCACACGAACAAGAGGACCAAAACAAGGAGGUUCGCGAAUGAAACAGGACAGCAAGAGAAGUGAGAUUUAAGAAAAACAUAAUUGGAAAGACCUUUUUUUUUUACAGCAAGCAGAAUUUAACAAAGCUGGGUUUUACUUUGAUUGUGCUUUAUGUUUGAAAUGUUCAGGCGUAAAUGAAAGCACAGAAUGAUGCAAGAAAAGUUUUCUAAAAAAAUAAACAGUAAAUGUUGUAGCGGCGAGCAUUGCUGUUCAACCUCAUCUAAUAAAAGAAAAAUCUGGACAAACGAAUCGAAAACAACACUGAAACUUGGGCUAAGGUGACACCAAUCUCUUAAACCACAAGUGCUUUUAGUAUAAAUAAACAAAGAAGUCACUCACUAUAUAAUACCAGAUGUGUAUAAAUGCUCCUGUUCUGAUAAUCCAGGCUGGAAAARAAUGUCUUGAAAGGCUUUAGGAGGAUGAAAAUGAUGAUGUACAUGCAGUUAUGAAAAAUAAUGAUAAUAAAAAUACUUGGUCUGCUAA